AUGACAAGUAGUAGUGAAGAUAGCCAGUCAGUCGCAGCGACAUUGACUAUCAAAGGAUUGGCCAUUGUAGUUUCGUGAAAAAUAACGCAGCAACGUUGCUCUUUUGCAGUGGUACGUCAAAAGUACGAGGUUCAAGUGCGAGAUGCCUACGUUCUGCCUGGAAAUACCGGAGUGCUCAGGUGUGAAAUACCGACGUUCGUUAAGGAGUACGUGGCAGUCACGUCCUGGGUUCGAGAUUCCGCCUACAACAUCUUCCCCACGCCGAAAAGCGAUGACAGACAUCACAUGCUGCCGACCGGGGAGCUUCUGGUGUUCUCGGUGACUUCGUCCGACGCACAGUCGAGCUAUCGAUGCCGGACAGUGCACCGUGUCACCGGUGACACCGUGGAAAGUUCCUCGUACGCCAGGCUCGUAGUGACCGGUAAGUUUUACACAAUGAUACACACACUUGAUCGCGUUGGUCCGCCUGAUCGUUUGUCCAUUGGACGUCGAACUUUCCGCCCGUUUGAAUAUUUAACGCCGACAAAUGCGCCUGGGGAAUUUCUCUGGCCGCGCUCGCGGUAA